GCCAAAGUUACUUCCACCAUUACACCCACCUUGAAGAAGAUAUGCAUCAAAACAGUGAGUCGUCACAUGGAUGUACUAGACAAGAAAGCUCUUGGUAAGCGUCUCAUCUUCGAUGCAGCCAAGGGAACCAUUGUGCUGGACGAAAGACGAUCUUGGUUGCAUCAAAGCUAAGUGUUACUCGGCUAUUUUAGCUAAUGCAUGUACAAUACAUGAAUGGGCUGGUACCCAACCUAGCCCUCGAAAACGCUAGGUGGCAUUCUGCCUUCUCCCUACCGUUUUCAGCCAUUAUUAACUUUGCCCACGACUGACUCAUGUGAACUACAAUCCCGACGCAAUUUUAACUUUUUAGAAACGUCAAUAAUCAUAGCUUGCAAUACGACUUUUGAAACAUAUGGCCCAUAUCUUUCAUCGAUAAAGAAUCCUUAAAAUAAAAAAUAAACUAUAUUGUAGGAGUUUUGCGGAGAUCCAUACAGCUAUGGGUGUCUUCAUCCAACGAAACUACACUUCUUGAAUUACACUUACACACAGGUGUUCGGAGCAUGCUACACUUAACAAAAAUAAAAAUGUAACAUGUAAAGUGUUGCUCCCAUGUUUCAUGAGCUGAAAUGAAAGAGUGUGCAAUUGUCAUGCUGACUGCAGGAAUGUCCACCAGCGCUGUUGCCAUAUAAUGUAAUGUUAAUGUCUCUACCAUAAGCCGUCUCCAACGAUGUCAACAUUGUGAACAGAGUGCCCCGUGGUGGGGUUAGGGUAUGGCCAGGCAUAAACUAUGGACAACAAACACAAUUGCAUUUUAUCAAUGUCAAUUUCAAUGCACAGAGAUACCGUGACGAGAUCCUGAGGCCCAUUGUCGUGCCAUUCAUCUGCUGCCAUCACCUCAUGUUUCAGCAUGAUAAUAUACAGCUCCAUGUCACAAGGAUCUGUACACAAUUCCUGGAAGCUGAAAAUGUCCCAGUUCUUCCAUGGCCUGCUUACUCACCAAACAUGUCACCUAUUGAGCAUGUUUGGGAUGUUCUGAAUUGACUUGUAGACAGCGUGUUCCAGUUCCCGCCAAUAUCCAGCAACUUCGCACAGCCAUUGAAGAGGAGUGGGACAACAUUCCACAGGCCACAAUCAACAGCCUGAUCAACUCUAUGCGUCUCACUGCAUGAGGCAAAUGGUGGUCACAUCAGAUACUGACUGGUUCUCUGAUCCACACCCCUACCUUUUUUUAAAAGACCUACCAAUCUCACUGAUCAAGGAGCUCCUGCAGCAUUUAAACAUUGUUGAUCUGGAUAGAAUUCAGCCUGCAGUGAACCGGAAAGGAAUCUCCACCUCCUUUGUGUGGGCAGGAAUAUUGAGAAGAAUCUCUGGGCCUCGCAAAGGGAGUACCAUACUCACCGAAGAUGAAUGGAGGGAGACAAGCAUGCAUAAGCUCUUUAACUUGGCCUUCUAUGGCUUCAGGUUCGGAGGUGAUACGAAAUACCUCCUGAAUGUCAACUUUAACUCCCUUCUCUUAGUCAUGGCCAAAUACAUCCAGCACCUGGUUCUUCGAACAUCACGACCACACGGCUACUUCUUCGCGAGGAGGUCUGUUCUGAGCGUUCUGGAGAAGGGUGUAAGGCGCAUUCAACUGGGAGAGAGCACUCAGCUCAGAGAGUGGCCCAGUGAUGUCUUAUACACCCUGCACCGUUUACUGGACCACGGGGCAGCCCGUGAUGUCAUCAUAAACCAGAGCCCAGAUCCUCGUCUGCUGGCUUGGAUUCUUCACGGCAGGGGACCUCAGAGUAAAAGCCACCAAUGUCGAAUGGAGUCCAUGCAAGGGGAGAUGGUCAAAUGUUGCCAGGCGCCAAACACUGCAGGAAGCAGCGCUGGAGAUGCUGAGGCAGCCAACUCCCAGGUCCCAGAGGAAGAGGAGCCUGAUGAAGAAGAUCAUAAUGGUGGGACCCCAUGCAAGCGUCCAAGGUUGAGUAUUGCCUCCGCGAAGGCAGAGCUUGACUUGACCAGCUCCCCAUGCCAGUGUAUGGUCCCCAAGCCAUUGUGCCAGAUGUUUAUUCCCUCGGCUGGUCACUCGACAGAGAUUUGCCACAAGGGGCAAAUCCAUUCACUAAAGAUCAAUGACUUCAGGGUUGGAGUCUUCCCUGUACUGCUUCCUCUCCUGCCUUCUUGGCUGUGCCUCCACUCUCUAAGCCUGCAAAGUGCUUGGACCUUUGAGGAGGGUGAUGCGUUGAGCCUGGCAGAGUCUCUCCAGCAGCUGUCUGCUACACCAGGCUGCUCCCUGAUUGAGCUGAAUGUGGGGUCCCUGACCCAUCCUGCUCUCAUGGAGUCUCUGCUGAAUGCAUGCCCCACCCUCAGGUCAUUCUCCAUGGAGAUCCACCCUGUAGCAGAGUACCACAGAGCCCCACUGAGAAGCAUUCCCCAGCCAGCACACCAUGCAGAACUCUCACUGGAGAAGCUGUGUGUGAAAGUACCCAAAUUGAGGACCAGCGCGGAGAGUCUGAUGUGUGUGUUGCUACGCUCUCCUCGCCUCGCCUCACUUCACGUCUCAGGAAUCAACAGCUCAACUGGUUUCUCACCCAGCCACCUCCUCAACACAGUGGCAGAGUCCAAUCGCCACCUGAAGGACCUCACCUUGGAGGAUAUCAACCUGUCUGACUGUCACUGUGCAAUAUUCCAGCUACUGGAUAACUACUGUAUGUUGGAAGCGUUGUCAUUGAAGGACUGUCGGCUUCUGGAGAAAUGCAGUGACAAGGAAGAUGUCGUCCGACAGCUGGUUAAUUCUCUCAAAAAGGUUCCAUCUCUCCAGUCUCUCAACUUGGCUCAAAACCGCCUCGCCAAGACUGUGACAGUUUUGGGGGAACUCUUCAAAGGACCCUCACCAAGCACAGUGAAAGAGCUGGACAUCAGCUCCAACUUCAUCCAGCCUCCUGAGCUGCUAGAGUUAGGGAAGUUGUUGGAGACCCACCGCCCUCCCCAGAAACUACUCCUCACCCUGAAGAGCAACCCACUGGACAGAGACAUGGAGCUGAGGGACACGGCUCUGGGCACCCUCAGUCACCUUUGUGACCUCAUCACCGACCACUGGAACUCCAGAGACACCAUGGCUGACCACAUCAGCAUGAUGUGAACUAGGUCUUAGGUCAUGCGAAUGGAGUAGUGUCAAGUUACCUCUCGGUGCUGAUCUUGGGACAGUUUUCUGUGGAAGGGGAGGCUGGUCCUAGACCUCUAAAUAGGGGACACUUCAUCUCGUAACCUUGCGAAUUCUGGGUUGUGUUCAUUAGUAACACUGAAGCAUUUUGCAAUGGGAAAAAAAUAUGAGCAUUGUUUAUUAGACAAGUACAGAUAGUACUUCCCUGUUUCACUCCAGUUCGGACCAACUGAACAUGACCCUGGAUAAAAUGUUGUUCCUUAACCUGAAGUGAACGAACAUUUGCUGCUACCCAAGAGAAGUUACUGGAAAUCGAAAUUGCUUCAGUUUUAAGUCUUUUGUAAGGAACUUUUAUAAGGAACAAUAUUUUCCAGUUUACAACACUCAUAUAUAUGUUGCUGUUUUGUAUGUCAAGGCUGUUGCAGGCCUAAUAAGCCAAAAACAAUGUGUUACAUAAAUACAAGUGGCCUUAUAUUUGGCAUUUUAAAUUGUGAAAUAAUGGCAUAAGAGUUUAGUAUCCUAAUUGUUUUUUCAAAGAUCAACAAAUGCACCGUUUCCUUUAUCUUGUUCAGCUGUUCAUUCUGCAUCUUUAUUGUUGAUUUUGUCAUGUUCAUAAUGCAGCAUUUGAUGUAUUUAAGUAGAAACGUAUUUUGACCCCAUUUGAUUUGGUAACUUUGUCUGAUAUCAUAUUAAAACUGCAAACAUUUGUGAUGUAAAA